AACGGACAGCAAUGAGGCCAAGAAAGCGAUGGAGGAGGCGCAUCGGGCACGUCUGGAGAAGCAGACAGCUGAUUUGGCUGAGUACGAGGAGAUGAGGAAAUUGGAGAGGGAGAAAGAGGAACAGGAAAUUCGUGAGCUCAAGGAGAAAAGAAUUCAACGCCAGAAGGAGCGUGUUGAAGAGGAGAAACGGUUGGUCACGGUUCGAGCCCAAGAAGAGAUUAGGAGAAAAGCUGAAGAG